AAUGAGUUAGUAUCGCGCUGUCAGUCGAGCGAGACACUUGACGAUCGCAAUUUUCCUGUUAUGUUAAAAUCGUUUGUGAACUUAACUGCAUCAGCAAUAGCGAGAAAUACUUCCAGAAUGACAAGUGUGCACAGUGCCUACAAGGAUGAGGUUCACGACGUGCCGAUGUCGGUGAUCAUCAGGCCUUUCAUACCGGAACUCACUGAGGAAAAAGUUGCCUCGCUCAUGGAAACCAUACAGAAAGAGGAGGAAGCCGGCAACGUGCCGCCGAUAGACAUUCUCUGGAUCAAGGGCUCCGAAGGCGGGGACUACUACUAUAGUUUCGGCGGCUGUCACCGCUACGCCGCGUACAAGCGACUAAACCGGCCGACCAUCCCCGCCAAGUUAAUCAGAUCUACAGUCACAGACUUGAGGACGUAUCUGGGAAGCAGUACUCCUGACUUAAAGUAAAAUGUUAUCUAUUUAAUUUAAGACUUAUGUAUGUGAGGGAUUUGAAGAAUUUCGCGAGAUAAUUUUAAGUUGCGCCAUCUUAAAAUAAAGGCAAUGACCUAAAGUUUAGUCAGUUAGGUCGUAUAGCUUGUGGUGUGGCCUAUACUUAAGAGCAGUGUCACUAAUAGAAUAUUAACGUUUAUACAUGGCUUCUAAUGUGUGCGCCAUUUUUUUUUAAUGGCCGGUGGCUUGGAUUCGGACCACACAUCCGCACACAACAUUAGAAGUGGUUAUUAAUUAUAUCUAUUUUGUAUAUUUUCUCACUGACUUAGAUGGCAUAGCGAUAAAAGAUUUUAUAUUUUUUUAUGAUUUCCUAUGGCGGAUGUAAUAAAUAUUUCGUUUCAUAUUUUCUCAUACGUGCUUGUUCACAGGGACCAAUCAAAUAUAUUAUGUUUAUGUUAUUCGAGGUUUUGAUUGAAUGAAAAUAAAAAAAAUGUUUGUAAUGUUAUCGCGUGUGUAAUAAAAUGUCGAGGUGUUAACUGUUGAAAAAA